UUUGUUUUUCCUAUUCUCUAUGUGCUCCUUUCCCUGAUAAAGAAAAGGAAUCAGUGAGAAAGUGUGGAAGCAGCAGGAGAAGCAGGGACAGAGUGCCCAGUGGCCGGCUUCCCCCGGCUGUGCGCUUCUGUGCCUGGGGGCUCUGCUCUGGGCCCCAAUCCCAUCCUUUCUGUGUCUUUCUUCUUUCCUUUCUUGGAAAAUAAAAGCAUCAAAAAUGCUUAGCCUUUCUGAAGAACAAAUGGAAAUACCACUUACUUCUAUUCUUUUUACAAACAGUCCUAUCAGCCUUAGGAGAGCAUGGCAGCAUCAGCAAAGGCCAUCUGGAAAAGUGUUUGUCAGGUUCAACUCCAGCCAUGGUUUCCCAGUGGAGGUCGAGUCUGACACCAGCAUCUUCCAGCUCAAGGAGGUGGUUGCUAAGCGACAGGGGGUUCCAGCUGACCAGUUGCGUGUGAUUUUCGCCGGGAAGGAGCUUCGGAAUGACUUGACGGUGCAGAGCUGUGACCUGGACCAGCAGAGCAUCGUCCACAUGGUGCUGAGACCCUGGAGGGAAGACCAGGAAGGGGAGGCCCCUGGACAGGAUGGCCCACGAGACACCACGGUGGGCUCGGAGAGGGAGCCGGAGAGCUUGACGCGCGUGGACCUCAGCAGCUCUGUCCUGCCGUCCCGCUCGGGGGGUCUGGCCGUGAUCCUGAGCAGUGACGACACCGAGACCCUGCCAGCUCGAAGGCCAGCAGGUAGACGAACCUACAACAGCUUUUAUGUCUAUUGCAAAGGCCCCUGUCGGAGAGUGCAGCCGGGAAAACUCCGGGUACAGUGCAGCACCUGCCGACAGGCCACGCUCACCUUGGCCCAGCCUUCAACCCAGACUUCGUGGGAGCUGCUGGAGAUAGGAAGCAGACCUGGCCUCUGCUCUGUUGGACCUCCCGUUGUGGGUCCGUCUUGCUGGGAUGAUGUCUUAAUCCCAAACCGGAUGACCGGAAAAUGCCAGUCUGCUCACUGCUCUGGGACUACAGCUGAAUUUUUCUUUAAAUGUGGAGCACACCCGACCUCCGACAAGGACACGUCAGUCGCUUUGAACCUGAUCACAACAAACAGUCGAGACAUCACCUGCAUCACGUGUACCGACGUCAGGAGCCCUGUCCUGGUUUUCCAGUGCAACCACCGCCACGUGAUUUGCUUAGAUUGUUUCUACUUAUACUGUGUGACAAGACUGAAUGACCGCCAGUUCAUCCCUGACCCUCAGCUCGGCUACUCUCUUCCUUGUGUGGCUGGCUGCCCCAACUCCUUGAUUAAAGAGCUCCAUCACUUCAGGAUUCUUGGAGAAGAGCAGUACAACCGGUACCAGCAAUAUGGCGCUGAAGAAUGUGUGCUUCAGAUGGGGGGGGUGCUGUGCCCUAGCCCUGGCUGCGGAGCAGGGCUGCUUCCAGAGCCGGGCAUGAGGAAGGUCACUUGUGAAGGAGGCAGCAGUCUGGGCUGUGGGUUCGUCUUCUGCCGGGACUGUAAGGAGGCGUACCAUGAAGGUGAAUGCGGCACCCUCUUUGAAGCCUCAGGAGCAGUUCCUCAGGCUUACCGAGUUGACCAGAAGGCCGCGGAGCAAGCCCGGUGGGAAGAGGCCUCCAAAGAAACGAUCAAGAAAACCACCAAGCCCUGUCCUCGCUGCCAUGUGCCCGUUGAGAAAAAUGGAGGCUGCAUGCACAUGGCGUGUCCGCAGCCGCAGUGCGGGCUGCAGUGGUGCUGGGCCUGCGGCUGCGAGUGGAACCGCGCCUGCAUGGGGGACCACUGGUUCGACGUGUAGCCGCCGCCGCCGCGAGCGCCUCCUGCCGCCCAACCUGGGAACGUACCAAGGCUGCCGCCCUUCGGGGCUCUUCUGCACACUCCCCUCCUUCCCUUCCCCCCUCCCCCGCACGCACGCACGCGCACACACGCAGACACGCACAACCCCUCAAGUUCCUUCCAAAACCGCAGAAACAAAGUUACAGCAGAAGCUCCUGGGAUCCACGAGCAACAGCAGGAAGCGUUCUCGGGCCUCAGCAUGACACACCCCAGAGCCCAGAGCAAAGUGCAUCCCGCCUUCAGCAGGGAUUGUCAUUCUCCUGGGAAUUCAAGUUGGGCUGGAUUUAAGCCGCAGAGACAGAGAUUUCUCAGGUUUAAUUUCCUGCAUUGUACGUUCUGCAAAGAUCGGGGAGAAGCCACUGGUGAGGAAAUAGUGCGGAGGAACGGUCCUCAGUGGUUCUCUGUAAGACGGUGGGUCUGUUGGGAGAACUACAUUCUCGGCUUCCAGAGCAAUGCUCCUAUUUAAAUUUUCAGAGAGCAUCUAUCCCCCAAAGAACCACAGGCAGUAGUCAAAAGUCGGUGUUUAUCCCUAAGAAUUCUACCUUUAUAUAUUGCACUGAUGGGAUGUCAACUAUGCAUAAAUCAGCUUGUCAACUAGGGAGAAAUUAUGGAAGUUAACUUGAAUGUUGACAUUAGGGGAAAGAGAUCAAAACUGCAUGUACUUUUCAUUCCAUUUAAUUAUUUGAGAACCUGGAAAGAGAUUGUUUUUCUGAGCAUACUACGAAGUCUGUAAUUUGACUUUAAACAUUCAUUUUGCAGCUUGGGGAAUAAGCUAGUACAUUUGGCUUCACUGUAAAUUUAAUGGGUAGGGUACCUUUAGAGGAAACAUUUUUAGAAGUGGUUUUGUAAUGAUUCUCAAUGUUAACCAAAGCUCAGGGUGUUGAGGCAGAAAUCUUUAAAGAAGGAGCAUUUCCAGGGCUCACAGAAUGGAACCGGGACUGAUUUGGUACCAGAAAGGUUGCUGCACGUGCUGGGUCCCUGAAUGGGUUACUCCAAGGAGAGUUUUCCUCUAGGACAGUGGAGUCAUCCAAAAGAGUUCCUCAUGUUAACAUGGAUCAAAGUGGAGUGUUGAUCAAGUUUUCCUGUUUUGGGUUUUUUUUUUUUUUUUUUUGAGGCGUUCACGACACAUCAAAAAGAGAUGUUUAUGCAAAAUGCUGCAGACUUCAUUUUCUACAGCACAGUAAACAGAUGGAAAACUACAACCACUGUCUUUGGUUCUCAUCAUCUGUCUUCUCAGGGCUUCUCUCUGUAGACAUAGCACCAGAAAUCCUUGCUGCAGGAGAGAAGGAAUGACCUCAGAACAUUUACCAAGGACCUCUGUCCCUCUGUCCCUAACCAUCCUCCCAGGGACAGUCCUGCCUGAUCUGCCUUUUCCCUCAGAGGCUGGUCCAGGGACAAGAUGGGGUGUGGCACACACGGGGGUUUUAAUCAGCCUUGUUUGGCUUCGCUCUGUCCGAAAAUCCAACCUCCCCAGUGUGACCCCAAAGCUGCCAGACUCAUGUCACAAAGCCUUAAAGAUCAUAACGAGGGAACAAAGAGCCAAUAUCUG